AUGUCGGAUACGAUCAACCCGGUUAUACCAGGCUUCGCGCCGGAUCCAUCUGUGGUAAAAGUGGGCGACUGGUUCUAUCUCAUCAACUCCAGUUUCCACCUUUUCCCCGGUCUACCUAUCUACGCCUCUCAAGAUCUGGUAUCAUGGCAGCAGAUUGGAAAUGCAAUUCACCGUCAGUCCCAGCUCAGCCUCGCAAAGUCGUGGGCAAACCUCUACCCCGUGGAUGAUGGCAAGUUCUUGGUCGGAAGUGGAGGCCUCUACGCGCCGACGAUCCGUCACCACCAGGGCACAUUCUAUGUCGUCUGUACCAAUGUCCUGCGUUCGGCAGGGAAGGGUAGGGAUAGGACGGAGAAUUUCAUAGUCUCCACUGACGAUAUCUGGUCUGGCACAUGGAGUGACCCGGUCUACUUUGAGUUUGAUGGAAUUGACCCUAGUCUUCUGUUUGAUGAUGAUGGAAAAGUCUACUUGCAAGGGUCUGGUGGACUAGGCCCAAGCACUACGAUUAAUCUCUUCGAACUCAACCUGAAGACCGGUGCAAAAUUGUCAGAUGAGAAAGUCAUCUGGCGUGGCACUGGCGACAUUUAUCCGGAGGGUCCGCACUUGUAUAAGUACAACGGCUGGUAUUACUUGCUCAUCGCCGAAGGCGGCACCCAUGGCGGACAUAUGGUGACAAUGGCACGCUCUCGAAACGUCUUUGGCCCCUACGAAUCGUGUCCCAAGAACCCCGUCCUCACAGCGCGCGGUACUCAAGAGUAUAUCCAAUAUACCGGCCACUGUGAAUUGUUCCAAGACGAGAGUCGUCAAUGGUGGGGAUUCUGUCUCGGUGCCCGUCUAGAGGGCCAAGGAAGAUGCCCCAUGGGUCGCGAGACUUUUUUGACCCGAGUGGACUGGGAUGGUGAAUGGCCCAUUUUUGAUCAAGUGAAAUUAAACCCCCGUGGUCUUUCAGCGACCCGUUCGAGCUCACACCUCACGGCAGAGGCCGGAAUUGACUACCUCUAUAUUCGAGAUGCUGUCAUGAGCAAUUACCGUCUUGAGAAUCAUAACUCAUCCGCGACGUUGACCGCAACAUCGGUCGAUCUGUCACACUCGGAACUCAGCCCGACAUUCAUUGGCAAGCGACAACGGCAAUUAGUCGGUACCAGUUCCGCGAUUCUAAAAGGAAUCGAAGAUUCCUGGGGCUCUGCAAAGGUCCAGGCUGGACUCGCCUGUUACAAGGAGGAGCACCGGUACUGUAGGAUCUACUACAGUGCUGCUCAGCAGGAAGUGGUGCUCGAAGUGGUUAAUGCUGCUCAGAAGAUUGCUCGAAAGGAGAAACACACCCUCACAGAAGUUCCGCGCUCGGUAAAAUUCCGGAUAGAGUACACGGAGAAGAAGUAUACCCUUCUGUAUUCAGUUUUACCUCACGUCGAUAACAAUUGGACGUUACUGGGAACGGUUGAUACUCUGGAGAUGACCGAUCCUGAUUUCACCGGCCCAAUCAUUGGCAUCUACGCUGUUGGACAGGUGGAUGGCGUCCAAGUCCAGUAUGAGAGUCUAACUGUUGAGUAA